AUGGCAGAUUCCUUCAACGACUUAUCGCGACCCCCUCCAGUCGACUCCGCGUCCCAACUGCCCCCGCUCUCGUCGCAUGGCGCUACGACUCCCGCAGCCCACAACGGCGGCGACAGCAGCUAUGUCCCUCGGCCGAAGCGUAUUGCCUGCGUUGUUUGCAGGCGGAGAAAGUUGAGAUGUGAUGGGAGGAAACCAAGCUGUGGGACAUGCUCCAGGUUAGGCCAUGAAUGCGCUUAUGAUGAAGUGCGCAAGAAGAGUGGUCCGAAGCGGGGCUAUGUGAAGCAGUUGGAGGCACGGCUAGCCCAGGUCGAAACCUUGCUGAUGAGCAAUGAGCCAGGCGCAACCCAGCCGCCUUCAGCGCCGCAAAGUAAUGACUUCAAUAAUCUUCCGCUGCCGGAUAACUCGAUGUCUGGAAUGCCCGAAAUCCCUGAGAUCCCCGAUAUACCCGAAAUGCCAGAGCUUCAGCAUGAUAUUGACAGCUCUAUCUCGCCUCCGGGAACCCUCGGACAGCAGCCCCAGUCGGCUCCGGGCUAUCUGCCUGGAGGUGGAUUUGGCAGCGAUUUGAGAUGGGAUAUGAUAGGCUUGGGGUUGGAAGAACCUCUUCCAAACCAAGAUGUCAUUGAUGAAUUAAAUCAAAUCUAUUUCGAGAAAAUCCACCCGUCAACACCCAUCAUACAUAUGCCCCGAUUUCUAACGGCCAUGAACUUGUCCUAUAACGUGCGGCCUCCGGUGUACCUGCAGUACGCUGUAUGGUGUGCCGCAGCCUCCGUAAGCGACAAAUAUAACAACUUACAUGCGCAUUUCUACCAGCGAGCUCGCAAAUAUGCCGAGUUAGCGGAGAUGAAGGGGAUGGGAGAAGGUAUCAUUUCCUUGGCAUACUGUCAAACAUGGCUGCUUGUCGGGUUUUACGAAUUCAGGAUGAUGUACUUUCCACGAGCGUGGUUGAGCGUCGGGAGAUGUGCAAGACUGGUGUUGAUGAUGGGGUUGAAUCGAAUUGACGGUAUAGGCAUCGAAGUGAAACAGUGUUUACCGCCAGCCAAAGAUUGGACAGAGAAAGAAGAGCGACGGAGGGUUUUCUGGAUGGCAUUCUGUGCUGAUCGAUAUGCCAGUAUCGGAACUGGGUGGCCCAUGACGAUGGAUGAAAGAGAUAUAAUGACCAACCUUCCUGCUUCCGAGGAAGCCUUUGUCACGGGCAAACCGCAGCAGGCCCCACGUCUCGCAGAUCUUAUGGUGGGAGACGGAGCCUCGAUUUUGUCUCCUUAUGGAAGCAAUGUGUUCAUGGCUUCUUUAUUCGGUCGAAACCUCACUCACCUCCAUCGUCCCGAUCCACAGGACAAUGAUAAUGAUCUAAAUGGCGAGUUUUGGAAGCGCCACAGGUCUUACGACAACAUACUACUCAACUUUGCCUUGUCACUGCCAAACCAUCUCCGCUUACCGGCCGGGAUAGCCGAUCCGAAUGUAAUCUUCUGCAACAUGAGCAUCCAUACUUCUACCAUAUGUCUCCACCAGGCUGCGAUAUUCAAAGCUGAAAAGAACAAAAUGCCGAGUCAGAUCGUCACAGAGAGCAAGCGGCGGUGUAUCGUUGCGGCCGACCAAAUUUCUAGCAUUAUGAAAAUUAUUAGCCAUUUGGAUUUGACAACUAUGAAUCCUUUCAUGUCAUUCUGUGUCUAUGUCGCUGCGCGCGUAUUUGUUCAAUAUCUCAAGUCUCGCCCAAGUGACUCAACUGUUCAGUCGUCUCUACAAUUCGUCUUGUCUGCUCUUAACGCUUUGAGGAGCAAGAAUCCUUUGACCGAGUCCUUCAUGCUCCAGUUGGAUGUGGAUAUCGAGGGAACUGCAUACCAAAAUUUCAUUAACCCUUCACCUGGGGGCUGCCCUAUGACCCAAAAACUCCAGAAAAUAAAAUCUCCCGACGACCCUGUUGAAUGUAUCCCUAUAAUACAUAUUCGUGAUGAACCUGGAACUACAGAAAAUCCCAGACAAGAUGUGCCUCAACCAUCCUAUUCUGGCAACACUGGGCGGUCUGGUUUCCCUACAACGGGGCCUCUCCCAAGUCGACAAAAGCAAACUCCAGCACAGCAACCGAACAUGAACAUUAACGGAGUGUCUAAUUUCAACCCCGGCACUGAAAUUGCAGGCUCAGGAGUAAGUGCCGAUAUGGACUACUCACCCGACCUUAGCGACAGGAAUAAUGCACCGUCGGACCACCCGACACCAUCGACGAUCAACUCAUGUUCAAACACAUCCUCCUCUAAAACGGAUCAGACCUCACCAGCGACCAUACAACAGCAAUCAUCUCUAAAUAAUUCAAACCAAGGCUCCAUGCACUCACUAGAUGGCGCAAAUAUACUCAACAUAUCGCCAGGCGGGGGUAAUCUCGGCGCCGGUCAAUGCCUCCCCGGCUACUCCGAAACCCCCUUUAACGCCACGGGGCCAGGGGAUUCAUUCUCCAUGUCCUCUACGUGGGAAUACUCAGCUACGCAAUCGUCAGACCACGCUAAUCUUGUCAUGACACCCGGAGGAAUGGACUCGUUAAACGAAGCUCAAUGGGCGCAACUACUAAACGGGACAAACUGGGAUGCGUGGCGAAAUUGA